CAAUUGUAACAAUCAAUUGUUACCUUUAUACUUUUUUGAGAUUUUCAAUUCGAAGAAUAAUAAUGGGCAACCAGCUCAACUGUUUGGCGCAAUGUCAGGCACGACAAGAAGGUGCGCAGAGGCUGUUGGUGCUGCAAAAAGGUGAAGUGCAUGUCCUGGUUGAGUGCAAUGGUGUGGAAUGUGUUUAAUGCUGAUUGUGGGAUGUUAGGUGCUUACUUUAUGCGGAAAAAGACGAUUCUGGGGAUGAAUACGGGGACAGAAAGAAUCCAUGUGAAACUUGAUGAAGACGGACAUACGUUGCUGUGGAAGUUGCACGACUCGAUUAAGAACCCGACCAAAAUCGAGCUGCACACGGUGAACUUGAUCCAGGCACAAGGCAAGAUUGGAUUUACCAUUACUUCCCAAAAGGGCGACACAUUACUGGACGUGGAGGCGGACUCGGAGGAGAUUCGCGAUACCUGGGUGACACACCUUCAAAUGGUAUGCGAAGAUAGCAAUCCGGACGACGAGACCGAAGAAGAGGUGCAAUCUGGUUUGAAGUUCCGCAAGAUGGUAGAGGAUCGCGCCAAAAAGCAAGCAUACUGGGCAAAACGCACCCAGGAGCUGGAGCAACGAAAACAAGAAGCUGAGGAGCGUAAGAAAAAGUUUGCUGGUGUCGGCAUGAAAUACACGGCACUCGCUAUGGCAAACAGGCCCGAUCCGUCGAGCAAGGACUAAAGAAUAACAAUAAACUGUUGCAUUUGUGAAAGUAGCUAACAUCGAAUCAUUAAACACGGAGCAUUCUUGCGAAGUACUGAAAA